GCACAACAUAUUUUUAAUGAAUCCAAGGCUUUUCAUAAUCGCUUGAAAUUUCUUGAAAACAUGGAAUCCAAAUUAAUGCUGGUUGAAAAAUUAGUCAAAGAUAUCUUGCAAUAUAAAAAAAGACAUACACUUCCACGAACAUGGAAGGAUAACAAUGAAAAUACUCAAUACUAUAGAUAA